ACCCUGCCUUGCUGCAUCAGCAUCAACCUUUCUUCAUCCUUAGAGCAUCAUUCUCUUCCCAGCUUGGCUGAGCCGGGAAGCUCCGUUUAUCCAGUGCUGCCAUUCCCAGCAACCUCCCUCUCCCUCCCCACAGCCUUCUCCCCCUCCACCCCAAAGAAGAGGGGUCCUUCCCCACCGCCCUGUCUGUCUGCUGUGCCACAGGGAGCGUAGGGGAGAAAACCCACUGAGGACCCACAACCUGACCAGGAAUCGCAAUGAAGGAUCGCACUCAGGAGUUGAGAAGUGCCAAAGACAGUGAUGAUGAGGAAGAGGUGGUACAUGUGGAUCGAGACCAUUUCAUGGAUGAAUUCUUCGAGCAGGUAGAGGAAAUCCGUGGCUGCAUUGAGAAGCUGUCAGAGGACGUGGAGCUGGUGAAGAAGCAGCACAGCGCCAUCUUGGCUGCCCCCAACCCAGAUGAGAAAACCAAGCAGGAGUUGGAGGACCUCACUGCUGACAUCAAGAAGACUGCCAACAAGGUGCGCUCCAAGUUAAAAGCAAUUGAGCAGGGAAUUGAGCAGGAAGAGGUGCAGAACCGAUCCUCAGCUGACUUGAGAAUUCGGAAAACACAGCACUCAACCCUAUCUCGCAAGUUUGUGGAGGUGAUGACGGAAUACAACACAACUCAGUCUAAAUAUCGAGAUCGAUGCAAAGACCGCAUCCAGAGACAGCUGGAGAUAACUGGCAGGACAACAACCAAUGAAGAGUUAGAAGACAUGCUAGAGAGCGGCAAGUUGGCGAUUUUCACUGACGAUAUCAAAAUGGACUCACAGAUGACGAAGCAGGCCCUGAACGAGAUUGAAACCCGGCACAACGAGAUCAUCAAACUGGAAACCAGCAUUCGGGAGCUCCAUGACAUGUUUGUGGACAUGGCAAUGUUGGUCGAGAGUCAGGGUGAGAUGAUUGACCGCAUCGAGUACAAUGUUGAGCACUCUGUGGAUUAUGUGGAAAGAGCCGUCUCUGACACCAAGAAAGCUGUAAAAUACCAGAGCAAGGCUCGAAGGAAGAAAAUAAUGAUUAUAAUUUGUUGUGUGGUUCUUGGUAUAGUACUGGCCUCCACCAUCGGGGGCACACUUGGGUUGUAAAUUAAAGCAAAAAAAAAAUUAAUAUUAAUAAUAAUAUAAUAAUAAUUUAAAAAUUGUACAUGCAGUGGAUAUAACAGCACUUGUUCCAGCUACCUAU